AUGACAACUCCCAAUCACCUUGUCAUAGUCUGCGGCCACGGCAUCUACCUCGGCGGUCCGCAAAACGGCCAUGACGAAUCAGAAUGGCUCAUUGAACCGUACAAAAAGGGGGAAACGCCCACUUUCAUGGCGCAUAUCAAAGCCGGGGCGGAUGUUGUGAAUUCUGAUCCGAGAUCAGUGUUGGUGUUUUCUGGAGCUGCAACCCGCCCAGAAACGCACCUCUCCGAGGCAAAAUCCUACUGCAACCUCGCCCUCGACAACAACUACUUCCCCCCGACCCUCGUGGGAUCCCGUGUGCUGCUGGAGGAACGAGCCCUCGAUUCCUAUUUCAACAUCUUGUUCUCUUUGAUCCUCUACUGGCGGCAGCACCCGUCAAAUCACUGGCCGGAACGCAUCACCGUCGUCUCCCACGAGUUCAAGCGCACUCGUCUUGUCGACGGCCACUGCGCAGCUGUUGGAUUCCCUCUAGACCGGGUAACCUUCCUCGGCAUCAACCCCCCCAGCCUCAAAGCCGAAGACCAAGCCAGCAACCAGCUCACCCUCGGUCAAUGGGAACAAGACCCCCACGGUGCCAGCCUUGACCUCCUCACCAAAAGGCAAAAGAGAAACAUCUGGGGUGUCAGCCAAGCCCUGUUCCUUGAUAAAAACGAAGCCACAAAGGCAGGACUGGAAGGACAAAUCAGGACUUCAAAAGACGGCUCUCAAACAUUGCUCGACUACAAAGGCUGCAUCCGCCCCUGGGCUACGUGAAUACAAAAAAAAUUCAAAUAUUUGGGCUAGGCACAAAACCUUCCCUGCCACUCCUCUGCUCCUCCCUCGUCUCGGGGUUGUACCUGUCCUCUCCCGCUCCCAUCACCGCCCCGACAAUAAACUGCACCGCAUCCUUGACCAUCUCGCUGCUGAACUCGUGGCCCACCCCAGGGUAAAUCCUAUCAUCAACCCAGAAUCGCUGUUCCUUAUCGAACGAUGGGGACGGAGGGUUCACUGCCGCGGAUUUGAGCCAGUUCAUGAAGGGUUCUGAACACCUGGGUGGUACCAACUUGUCCACUCCGCCCGAGCAGACAAGUAGCUUCUUUCCUUGGAGGCGUUCAUAAAGGAUGGUUUGCCGGAUGAGCUCCUGCCUCGUCUGCUGCGGCUGGUCGGGGACAGGAUGCGGGCCGAAGAGGAUAGCUUUGGGGUCGUACUGAUUGCAAGCCUUGAUCAAGCUCGGAGGGAAAUCCCUACUCCCCAGAAAACUCGCCCCGUCAUCCUGAGCAGAGUACGUACUCAGCUUUGACAACCUCGCCCGAUCGCUCAUCAAGUCUGCACACACAUCCCUUGUCAGCAUACCUCUCAGAAUCGCAGAAUGGAUGAGGGGAAACAUACUCAUAAAAUCCGGACACCCAAUCACACAAACCCCCGCCCUCACCCUCCUAUCCGCAAACAUCAGCUCCCAAACACUAUGCCCCCCCAAACUAACCCCCAACCCCAGAUGCUGAUCCACCCUCUUCUCCCCCCUCGGCCACAAGCACCCCUCCACCACGUCAAUCAACAACCCCUGAUCCACCACCAUCCCCCUUAUCCCACCAAACAUAUCCACCGCAUGAUUCUCGUUCCCCUCCCUCCAGCUCCCAUUCACCCUGUCAUCCACCAACCUCGUCCCGUGAUUCCUCUGGUCAUACGCAAUGGCUAUCAACCCCCUCCUCUCCGUUUGGGGUGUAUUAUGGGGGGAAUGCGUAUUCUGAUGAUGAGAAAAACUGUUCCAAGCAGCGAUACAACGAGAGGCGAUAUCCCUCAUCGACUCCUUAUUCCUUGUGCGCUGGUGGUGAAGCCAGAGGAUGGAGACGUGGUGCACAGAGGGAGAGAGCUCGGCCAGGCCGUAGAUGUCGACUUGGAGGCCGGUGAUGGGGCGGGUGGUGACUGAGAUGAAGGGGCAGGGCGGCAAGCCGGACGUGUUCUGGUUCCCGGAGUUGUUGGACAUCUUCGAGGUUGUUGUCUCACGUG